GAACACUUCCCAAACCUGUUUUUUCUUAAACUCAUAUUGUCGUAGAAAGAAUGCAGUUCCUCAUAGAGAAUAUUAUUAUACCUGUCAGGAACAGAACAGGAUCCUACAGACAGGUUUUAAAAUGUAUCCUGCUUUACCUGUGGGAUGUUUACUCUGCACCUGCACCUGUCAGAGUCAGAGACGUCCUGACUCUACUGUCUCUCUGUGUCACGCUCGCCAUCAUCACUGGCGGCCUGCUUCAUCACUGGCUGUCAACGACUCUGAAAUACAACCAUGAAGCGUCCAUUCAGACUGCCUGCAUCUACAGUGUGGCCAUAUUUCUGGUCUCGUUCCUGUGUCACCCUCUGCGCUGUGUGCUGACCAUGACUCUGCCGACAGUCUGCACCAAACAGGGACGCAAACUCCUCAUCACAGCCUCCGUCAUGAUUGUAGUUUUGAACGUCAUUCCUAAUAUUUCGGUGAACGUAGGGGCGGUCGCUCGCAUCCUGAAGUGCACCGCUGAGGGUUUCACAAAGACUUUAUUAAACUCAUCUGAACCUUUGAACAAAGCAAAGAGAGACCUUGUGGAGGAAACCAUCAAAGUGAGAAGGGAAGACUUGAGCAUUGUCACCAACUUGAGGAAGUUGGAUCACUUCACGCAUGUUGAUGUGUCAGAAGUCAAAAGCAGGUUCACUAAGAUGAUUGCACAGAUAGAGGUCAACUUCUCACAUGCGAGGGGCCUGCUAGAAGAUUACAAACUGCUGUCAAACCGGAUCCUUGCUGCCGUUUUUGUUGCUUUUCUAAUCUUUGAAUCUGCUCGCUACUUAAAAUCUUAUCUGGCAUCAGUUCAGUUUGAUAACGGCUACAUCUCCAAAGAGCUUCAGCAAAAAGUGACUCAUGCUGCUAAAAAUACAACUUGUCCCACAAGCCGCAACAUAACAAGUCAGGAAUGUACCUCCUGCUUCAUUUCACUGGUUGUGGUAACAUUAUAUUUCAUUGCAAUAACUUUAUUAGUAGCUUUGGAUCAUGUUGUGUAUCAUAUAGUUCAGGCGAUUAUGCCAUGGAUACUGGACUUUCCACCGACAUCUGCCAGCAUAAGUGUCAAUUAUAAGGUUCAGUGGUUCCCCCCUGCCCUUUGUAUCAUCCCACAAUCCUGUGUCACGCGGGAGCUCACAAACUUCCACCGGGAUUACAAGUGGACUUUCAACCCCGAGCUAGCGCUCUGUGAUGUGACAACUUCAGCUCCGAACCUGGGAGUCACACUCCUGCUGGGCUGUCUCUGGCUGAUGAGCUACUCUCUGGUGUUCCUCGAGGUUUACGCCAGACGGCUGCGCAGGAAAAUCUCUGCGUCCUUUUUCAGAGAGCAGGAGGAGAGGAGAAUAGUUUACUUGAUGAAGAAAGUACAAGAGAAGCAGAGUAGAAAAGAGCAAAAAGAGACUAUUUGUGUUGAGGUUAGGUGAAUGGUUACAGGACAAUGCUUUGUUUGUCAAAUUUUUCUAAAGAUGUUUUUGUCCAUGCUAGCUGCUUUGCUCUAGGAAUGGCAACGUCGGUGUGUCGGUCCACCACUUCAGGCUGUUCUUGUGAACUAUUUGUACAUAUAGUUUCAAAAAGUAAUGCACUGUAGUCCGUAUGUAUUCCACGUAUUUAUUAGUGUAAACCCCACAUUGAUGUUUACUGUAAGGCAGCCCCCUCUACUGUCUGUAGUAAUUGUAACCAAAACACUGAGUAUGGGACUGUAUAUCGUAGGGAUGAGAUAGAGGUGGUGGAUUGGUCCCAAAACACAGGACUUGAGGGGACCAGUGUUUUUCUAAUCUUAACUAGUUUUGGUGAUAACCUUAAACUAUAAGCAUAGGCCUAACGGUGACCGGUUGUCAUAAUUUCAAAGAUAGAUGAAAAGAAAUCAUUAGAAUAGCUGUGCAUACAUUUUCGUACGAAAUCAAACGAACGCGCAAUGAUGAUAACACAUUGACCACUUUGAUAUUUCAACAAUUAUUUGAUGGAUUUCCAUGAUAUUUUCUACAGACAUAGUUUGGUCCCCAGAGGAUGACUCUGACUAACUUUGGUGAUCCCCUGACUUUUUCUCUAGCGCCAGCAUGAGGUCGAUAUUUAGCGGUGUUAUUGAAAUGUCUCAACAACCACCGAGUGGAUUGCCAUGGAAUUUGGUACAGAUGCUCUGUGCCCAGAGGACGACUCCUCAGGACUGGGUGUAUCCUGACUUGUCACGUAGCACCAACAGCAUGUCAAAGGUUUCACUUGUCCAGUGUAAUCUCAACAUACACUUGAUGCAUGGGCACCAAAAUGAUUACAGAGAUUCAUGGCUCCUACACACUGUAUAGCCUAUCUAAUGAUCCUCAGACUUUCCCCUCUAGUGCAGAGGUUGACGUUUGUGGUUUUGAGUGAAAUGUCUUAACAAAUAACCGAUGGAUUGCCAGUAAAUUUGAUGCAAACAUGCAUGUCCACCUCAGGAUGAAUUGUAAUAACUCUGCUCAUAUCUUAGCUUUUAAUCUAGCGCCAUCAUCAGGUCAAAAUUAAAUUAUCUAAUACUUUACGACCAAAUAUCUGCAGAUCUAAUGACAUUCCCAUCAGCUUCAGUUGUACUUUGUGUUUAUUGUUAAUCAGCAUGCUAACAAAUUAUAGGAUGUCGAUGGUCAAAAUUCUGAGCAUAUUAGCAUGCUGCCGCACUGCUGGACCUAAGUAGCCUCAAAGAGCUGCUAGUGUGGCUGCAUGUAGACUCAGUCUUCUUACCUACAGUAGUCUACAGUUUUUCUUUAAGGUUUGUAACACAUCAUUCUCCACUCUUAUGCUAAGAGUCUGAUUUUGCAAAACAUAAACUGAAGAUAGAGCAUCCUGUGUAACAACACAUUUUCCUGUGCAGGCAUGUCACCACUCAUAAGCGCUCACACUCAAACCUGAUGUGGUUUUUAUAGAUGUGCCACCACAUCUGCUAACUUUGCAUCCUCGUGUGUGUUUGCCUGAAUGAUAACAGGUUUUUUUUUUCAUUCACAAAUGUCACAGAUCUUAUGUUUUACUGUCUGUUUUUUUGUACUGUGUGUGCAGUGUUGUUUUACCUUGUGUGUGGUUCAGUAUGAAUCUGUUAUUUUUAUUUUUUAUUUUUACCCCUGAGCCCCACUAGAUGUCACUAUGGUGCUUUGGACAAAUGAGGAUAGAGAAUAAUACAGUACCUCCUGUCAGAAAAUGAACAGCAAUAUAUUGGAUCUUACAAUGUUUUGAAUAUUUUAUUGACCUAGAUGACUUUUAUAGAUGAAAUGAAUCUGUUUCAUGUGCACAUCCAAUAAUUCACCCGCCUAUUUUAAUCAGUAUGGCCUUACUAAAACUCCCAUGAGCCUUCGGGAGUUUAUUUUAAGACACCAUCCCAGAAUAAUAAUAGAAUACCUCUUUGUCAUCUAGUCUAUUUUUUAUUCUGACUUUUUAUCCACUCAUGAUUGUCUCAAAAUUCAUCAAACUGUGUAAAGAUGAUAGACAGAAAUUAUGAAAUAUUCAUGUAUUUUGUGCUUACUAUGUGUGUCACAGCUCUGGGCUUAUUGUUGGAAAGGCAGUGAACUGAAAGAUUAUUAAAAAUGUAAAUCAAAUGUAGCUCUUAACAUCCAAUUUUCCCAUUUUCAUUCUCUUUAAAUAGCUUUAAGGGUGGAAAAAUCAACUUUUUUACACUAUCUGACACUAUCACACUGUACAUGUUUGUUGCAGCUCUUCAUUGAAGAUUCUAUGCAAUGUUUACAUUAAGUUAAAUAUUAAGACUCAAAUAUUCGAGGUAUCUUACAUUUUAUAAACAUUACCCUAAAAUGUAGCCUGGCAUGUUUU